AUGGCUGCAGAGCUGCAGAACCACGAGGCUCUACUCUCGCCCAAAACGCACGGGCGGUCGGAGUCUUACAACUCUCAUAACUACUCUUUUCUUGAUUUUUACGAUGUGGAAACCGCCAACGAAAUGACGUCCAUAUGCGAAAACAACUCUGGUGUCACUGCAUCCCAUGUUCUGCUUCUGCCCGUCAGAAUUAGCGCAGACGACACGCCCAACCAUACGUUGACAUCAGUUCGAAAUAGCAAAGCAUCAGCCAAUCUGGCUGAAUCUCGGGCAGGCCCCCGCAGCAAGCAGAUCUUGACCAGUGACACUGAUUUGUACGGGUUCCACAAGAACUCGCUGUUGUUUGCAUCCACGCUGGCGUCGUACAAUAAAUGGUUUAAGAGAUACCUGCUGCACGUGCUAGCCCAGAAGAGAAAAUGGGAGCUUCAAAUGAAAUCAAAUGGUUUAUCCAGCCAGUUGCACGCUCCGUGUCCGGACAGCUUCCCACCCAAAUCCGAUAAGAUCAAGAAGCUUGUCAGACGAGGCAUUCCUCCAGAGUGGCGUGGAAGUGCAUGGUUUUUCUACGCUGGAGGCAACGAGCGGCUUAACAAGAACGUGGGCGUGUACCACAAAAUUGUGACAGACACAGAGGGCACGCAUAAUAAAGAUACAGAGGUCAUUGAGCGUGACUUGCAUCGCACAUUCCCGGAUAACAUACACUUCAAGGCAAGCGGCCUGCUGGAGCCCAAAACCGGCGGCGAGCCGCCAGAAACGGCGAUGAUUUCCAGCCUCAGGAGGGUGCUUACGGCGUUUGCACACUACCAGCCGCAAAUCGGGUACUGCCAAUCGCUUAAUUUCAUCUCGGGCCUCCUUCUUUUGUUCAUGUCGGAAGAGCAUGCGUUUUGGAUGCUUGUCAUCAUGACGGAACGCAUCAUUCCCAAGGUGCACUCAGCAGAUCUCGAAGGGGUCCAUACAGACCAAGGCGUAUUGAUGAUGUGCAUCAAGGAGUACAUCCCCAAGCUCUGGGCCAUUAUAGGCAGAAACUACGACGGGUCCAUCUUGAAGGAAGACAAGAUUCUCACCAGACUCCCGCCCCUUACGCUUGUCACUUCCUCGUGGUUCAUGUCUGUUUUCAUAGGCGUUUUGCCCAUCGAGAGUGUCUUGAGAAUCUGGGAUAUCAUCUGGUACGAGGGCUCGAAGACCAUCUUCCGUGUAUCCCUAACGUUGUGUCGCUUAUGCUUUGACGACCCGAGUUUCCAAUUGAGCAGGGAUGCAAAGGGCCCAGACUCCAAUUUUGAAGCGGAGCAGAUCGAGUUGUUCCAGUUCAUGCAGAACUACCCCAAGCAGAUCACAGAUCCCAGCAUGUUGAUCGACUUGUGCUUCAAGAAAAUUGGGGGGUACGGGUACGGAUUCUUGUCGCAGAACGAGAUCAACAAGUGCCGGGAGUUCGUGGCGUACCAAAGAAACAAGCUCCAAACGAAAAAGGCAGUCUUGGGAGCAGAAAUGAGCGAGUCGGAGCGCGAUGCGCUUGCGGGCUCUGGCACGAUGGCCGAAGAGAGUAUCCAUGACGUCUACGGAUUCAACAAGUCAAUUAUGAGUGGCGUUGCGUGGAACAGGCACAUGAGCGGUAUGAUGAAGAAGAAGUUUGCGAAGAAGGGCAAGUACGAGUAG